AUGGCCGAGAACAUUGAACGCUCUGUGCAUGGGUUCGCGUGCUCCGAAAGCGUUGGCAACUUGGGAGCAAUGCCAUCAUUUGCCGAGCAAAUGCAUUGGGCUCAUGUGUACAGCGAAGCGCCACAAUGCUUGUCAGUUCAUACCUUUCCCUUCUGA